UGCCAUAUUUCUGUCAAACCCGGGACCUUCAUCAUUCACAUGGACUUUCCAGAACUCUUCACAUAAUUCUUUUACUGAGCUAAACGACGGGACAGACAACUUUGUUAUACAUAAUGCACCUUUUUCAUCGAACCUGUCAGCCUUGUCAGUGGGGACACGUGCGAACAUACAAGAGGCCUGGUUUGGAUUAUAUACUGUAACGGCAAUAAAUAGUGAGGGCAACGGGACACUCACUUUCACAGUUGCUGAUAGAGGAAAUCCACGUCCACCGAAGAUUUUGCAAGUUGACUGUGGAAAGCAAAUGUCUGCCGAAGUAUCGUGGGAGGACGCUGGAAACUCCCAGUUUUACCGUGUUUUAUUCAGCAUGGACGCCUUUAAAAAAUCAAAAGAAGUGUAUCCAGUGACAAUUGCAUUUGAAGACGGAAGGAACAUUUAUAGUUUAUAUGUAGACAAUUUGGUGGGAGGACGACUAUAUACAUUCAAGAUUGCAGCAUACAACACCUACGGAAAUACAACAUCACUUGAUGCUGUUGGGUGUACAGUUCAGGGCGAAUGUUCCUGCGGUACUGACAGCAUGUAUGUAACAGGAGUUGCCCUGAUUUGUACCGGCGUUCUCACGCUCCUGUUAACAGUUGGACUUGGAAUAUUCAUCAGUCGAAAUGGUAGACUGCCUUUUAUAUCUCCAUAUGAACAACUCAAUACGAAUGAAAUUACCAAGGCGUUUGUGUACUCUGAAAUAGGAAGUCAUCUUCCAGGUCGCCGGAAAGAUCCAGUCAUUGACAACAGAGAAUCCGAGUCAUUGGAGGGUCGGUCGAAUCCAAACGUCUAUGAAGAGCUCCAUGGUAGUACAUCUGGUGAAAAAGAGAUAUACAUCAACACCGCAAUUGCCGAGGGUGUUUUGGUUCCGGAAAAUCCAUCUGGUUCACAAAAACUCGUUAUAAUGAACAAUCAGAAAAGCUUCAAUUAA